UUCAAGAUCGACUGAGCAGUGUUUGUCUUCAGGUCGCAGUAAGGGGGGAAAGUAAAGUCGAGCUACCGUCGGAGAAAUUCCAACAUCUCCACUCAGAUUUCCGAUGCCAUGGGAGGCAUAACUACAGGAGCGUUGUUAGGAGCUCUGCUGGGUUUGCCUAUGAUGAUCGCUGCAGUUGUGGUGACGAUGAACUGCGUGGGGCCAGCAUGUGUGAUGCCCAGCGUGUGCAUUGGCAUUGCUGCUUUAACUGCUGUUGCAGGAGCCGCAGUCGGAGGUUAUGUCGGGUAUUGUGAGGCUGUCAUGGCAGACUCAGCUGCAGAGGCAGCAAAGAACACAGCUCAGGCUGUCGGAAAGCUUGCUUUAAAGGGAAUUAAAACAGCCCUGAGUGUAGCAAAAGAGAGUGACUUUUUUGAGGACACA